CGGGUAAUACGCGCAGUCGCACGCCGAGUCCGAUGCAGGACGCUAUCCGGAAGAUAUUACGAAGAUUUUAUUAAUUGGAAAGGUGAAAAUUGACUGAAACAAUGAACCCUCGAUAUGAGAUAAAGAAAUCUGAGCAGCUAGGAAGAUAUUUAGCAGCAGCUAGAGACUUGAAGGCAGGCGAGAGUAUCCUGACAGACGAGCCUUACGCGCUGGGUCCCAACAGCGACACGUCGCUCGUCUGCUUCAACUGCUACCUGCCGCUGAUCAGCAAGUUCCUCGUCUGCAAGAACUGUGCUGUCGCGCCUGUCUGCCCGGGAGAUGGAUGCCCGGAGGAAUUGCCCAAAAAAUGGCACAGCAGUUCAGAAUGCGAAUUCUUCAGAAACUUAAAGCUGACAAAAGGUUUGAGCCCCAUGACGAUGGUGCAAAAUGUGGGAUCUUUAUUGGUCCUGCGCGCGAUCCUCAAGAAAGAGACUGAUCCUGUAGCGUGGGAAGAGUUUAUGAGCCUGGAGACUCACUUGGACAAGAGGAAGAAUUCCAGUGUUUGGGAAUACAACGAAAACAGUGUGAAGUUCAUCAAAUCACUAGGCCUCCUAGACACCGUAUCCGACGAGGACUUAGUUCAAAAGGUGUGCGCUGCUAUAGACGUCAACAGCUUCGAAGUCCGCGGGCCUCCGAUCCCCGCCAUAGGCUGUUCCGAGGUGCUCCGCGGGGUGUACCUCAAGGCAGCACUGUUGGCCCACGACUGUGUGGGCAACACGCACAUGUCUAUAAACGAUAAUAAUGUGCUGGUGUGCCACGCUAGCACCGAUAUAAAGAAGGGGGAGACGAUUUAUUAUAAUUACACUGAUCCCUUGAAGGGCACAGCACUCCGUCAACAGCACCUGCUCGUCGGCAAAUACUUCCAGUGUACUUGCAGCCGCUGCAAGGACACCACAGAACUCGGCACACACAUGAGCUCGGCCCUAUGUCCCGACUGCAAGACGGGCUUCGUGUCCCGUUCAGAGGCCGGCGACUGGGCUUGCGAGGCUUGUAGCAAGAGAUUCGAGCAAGCAAAUAUUGGACAUAAGGUGCAGUGCUGCUCCGAUAAGCUGGAGGUUAUCAACAAAAAAGAUGAGAAAGAGUUAGAAGAGUACAUCCGUCACGUGUCCAAAGUGCUGGCUCCGAACCACUACCUCCUAUUGGACGCCACACAACGCCUGGCUGGCGUGCUUCGAGACACAAUCAACCGCGAGCCGCACCCCACCAAGAAGCUCAUGCGCCGCAAGAUACAGCUGUGCAAGGAGAUACUGCCGGUGUUGGACAAGCUGUGCCCUGGCAUAUCGCGUACCAAAGCAAUCACUCUUUACGAACUACACGCAACUACAGCGCAGUUGGCGAAGAAAUUAUUCGACAGUCGGGAAAUUACCGGUACUGGAUACAUGGAUGAACUGAUGAACGCCGAGAAAUUCCUGAAGCAGUCUUUGGAGAUGCUCUUCAUCGAACCCGGUAACUCUCCCGAAGGCGAGCUCUGCGCGAAGGCCCUGGAGGAAUACCGGGCGCUCAAGGCGACUAUGAAUACGGUGUUAGACGGGAUACACGCGGAGGGCAAGGCAUACGUUAGUGCUGCGGAGAGGGACGAUCCUUUGAACCAAGUUGAAUAAAAGUUCAUUUUU